AUGAAUGCUCAAGAGUCUGGUGAGAGGGGAUGGCUUGAACAUUACCUCGACCUCUCUGCGGACGAGGAUGCUCGCAGCGAUGGCGGAAAACAAUCCUGCUUUGUGACGUCUGAGGAGUUUUUUGAGAGGCUGCAAGAGGAGCCGUCGCUGGAUGAGCAGACCAUUGGGGUGCAUGUCUACACAGAGCCAGAGGUCUCGUGGGCUCCUUUCAGCCUUUUCUCAGGGAACCAUCAUUUUCUUGUCAUUGAGACAAGUAGCUGGUGGUGGUCCAUUGAGCUGCGAGAUGGACGGAUUGUGAUACAGCGCGGAAAGGAUUUUUCAAGUGUACAGAACCGCUGUCGGUGUAGAUAUCGUCGGCGUCGGUUUUUGCAAAAUGGGCCAUACCUUGUAUUUCAGGGAACAUUUGAGUGGUGCUGCCUUCGUGACCUUUUUUUCCUCAUUGAUUGUGAGGGAUUCUUCAAUGGAGGCGUUUUAUCCGAUAAAUUUUCGUCGUUGGCCCUUGUUAACUACAUCUUCAAGGAAUGUGGUGUGCGCCAGUUGGUUGGCACCAGUCAUGUGUGA